GGACACCAUCAUUGGCCAGACUCUGAUCACAUGCCCACACCAGUGGCUUUGUGAAGCAGAGCACUAGCAGUGACAGUCCCACCAGAACCACAUGGAAUAGAAAACCGUGCAUUUCCCUAAGGAAAGGGAAUGCCAGAGAAGGGCACAAGGGAAAUCAGGAAGACAAAACAGUAAAUUACCUACCUCAAAUCCAAUUUACUGGUAUUUUUCCACUUACACUUAACCAAGCAACAAUUUCUCCUGGUCCCAUAAUGGAAAAGAGGGUUUAUCUAGAUUCAUAUAUACAAGACUGAAGAGUGAAGAGAGACCCAGAGAAUGUUCUAAAAUCUGCCAGUUAGCAUAACCACACAGAGAAAUCUCUGCUUCCAGAGGAGGAGCCAAGUUCAAGUCAGAGGUGAGGAAUGCCAACAGGAAAGCUCAAUUUCUCCGGGGAUAUUCAGGCCAACACUAGGAAACCACAGCCAAGUCAGGCAGGGCUUGGGGCGGAACUGCUGACACCUCCACCCUAGCCAAUCCAAGGUGCACGCCUGCCUCAUGCAGCCCAGCGUGACUCCCGCCAUUGGCACACCGUGCCCAUCACAGGCUGGAGCUCCUUUCCUCCACCGUCUUCCCAACUCCUGCCAACCAGAACUUAACUACUUCUUUUGGAUUCUGCUUUUCACUUGUUCUUCAUCAGACUAUGGAAGCUUAGACUUCAUAAUUUGGCUGAGACUUCAAAAAUAGUUUUAAAGAAAGCUAUUCCCACCCUGCUAAAAAUUCCAGUCUUUCUUCAAACGUCAACUCAAAAACAACCCUCCUCAUGGAGACUCCUGUGGCCACCUCAGUGGGAAACAGUCGACAUCAUUGAUAUUAGAAUCACCGAUGUUGGAAACAAGCUCACUUAAUUACAGAAGCAGAUAAUCAGUGGCCCAUGGAUUCCAGGUGAGGAUCUGGGACCCAGACAUCCAGAUAUUGAAAACACAGGGAUGGAGUCUGUAUGGAAAAAAUUAAAAUAUAGCAAAACAUGAAAUGCGGAAUAGAAAUCUUUCAAUUUCCCAAUGGAAGUGAGAAAAGAGCAAAGAAAAGUAUUGGUCUUCCAAAACAAAUAGAGGAUGGAGCUGCUGCUGUUGCAUGGUCUCUAGAAACUCAGACAACUUCAUCAUUCCAUAUUUGCAUCCGAGAGAGAAAGAAAAACUACAAUCAUUUUCCACUUACCCAUCAACCCAUCAACCUCCAAAUAAAGGCUAUUAAAAAACAAUCAAAGUGUGAAGAGGGCAGAAAAUGUGAUGAAGAGAUUCUUUGGAGAAAGCAGCUGCCACUGUUACCUUGGGAUCUGCCUAUAGUCCUCACAGAGCUUGCUUUUGAAAGCCAAAUGCGAUCUGUCUGCCCUGAAGUGACUACUUCAUCUCCACCCAGCCCUUGGCUGGCAAAGUCAGGAAGACUCCAGUGUUUCCUGAAGACCAGGGGAGAGUUUAUAACUCUAGCAUCAAAGUCAGCAGCUGUUCAUCUAGAAAACAACUUCCUAAAAGUCAAUGUCUUUGCCUGAAGCUUUUCUUCCCAGAUCUCCUAUGGUGAAACAACCAAAGGGAAGAAGAAUGUGGGCAGCCCUCAGUAAGACAGGAGAUGAGCAUCGACACUGACCCAUUCUUUCCUCCAGUCUUCGAUGCUUACCUUGUACAUUCUUCUUUGUCUUCUGACUCAGUGCCUUUAGGGUAUGGACAUUGCCUGGUCCCACACAAGCCAAGCAUCAAAUGGAUGCUCAAGCAUCAAAUGGAUGGCUCAACAAGGAGGCCAAGACCAGCUAAUAUUUAGUGAGCACCCAAAGGGGCCACACUGGAGAGAACAGCACAGCUCCGUCUGAGAAACAGCUGUUCCUUCCUGCCUGAGAGGCAGCGUGAUAGAAGAUAUCACAGAAUGUUACUGCUUCGUCUUCCACCCUGAACCCUCCACGACCUCCCUGUAGCUUCCUGAUUUUAAGCAGACAUCAAAUGAUUCUUAAUCCUUUCUGGGUCUUGGAAUGAUUUGAAAAUUGUCAACGGUACUGGGAUUCCCAGAAUAAUGCACAUAUGUACAUACUCAGAUAUUCCCCAAGCCCUGGAUAUAAUUUUAAGGGAGUUCACAGACCACACUCCCCCACCCAUCUGUGGACCCAGAUUCUGUGGGUUCGAGAUUCAGAAGCCCUGUUUCUAGGCAGGCCCUCUGUUGCUAACGCCCCUCGAGAACAUCACCCUAGAUGAUUAUCCCUUCUUCCUCCACUCCUUCCCACCUUCUCCAACUGCUGGGUUUCAGCACAAAGAUUGCUUGCCAGUUAAACUGGCACCAUGGACCGCGCAGUAGUUGUUUCUUGGGUCUAGAGGAAACAGCCAGAUUCCUUUAAGUAAAUCAUGUCUUAGUUAUUGAUUGUCUCCACUGGAAGUUUUUGACAAUCUCUGAUUAAAUCAUAAACCACUGC